GGGAAUGGGUCUUGCAACAGGUGUCACUGAAUGUGCCCUGAAACUCAUUCAACUGUAUUGUUCCACUCUGCUAAACAAGGAUACGCCCAAUGUACAGGUGGUAGAAGACCUUGCUAAGAGAGUAAUCUCAUCACACUUCCUAUCACAGGAUGGUGUACUCCCUUCAUGUACUACAAUGUACUACGUUCUGCACCAAUGCAUAUUUGUGAUCCUGGGCAAGGUCAUGUCAAGUUCCUGUAGCAGUGAGUGGAUUAUUUCACCAUCAUUGAUUACAACACUGGGUAUACCACUCUGCGAGUGGAAACAUGUACCAACUGCUAUCAGCCGCUCGGUCAAUACCCAUGAGGACCACACUACUGUGUCUGGUCUUCGGUUACAACAGUACCUGUACUCCAUGGAUAAUGACACAGUAACCACACUACUGAACAUGUACAUGGGUGUUAUGUACAACAUCCCGUACAUAUCCUUGGUAGUUAAUGGAUGGGUGCACACAACUCCAACGGGUCUCACUCUACCAGCACAGCAUCCCUACAACAUUGUGAUGGACUAUGUCAGGAGAUGGUGUAAUGGCUCAAAUCCAGCAGAUCACACAACAGCACUGAUUAACAACUGUAGUCAGAACAAGGUACCUGAUCUGGAAGUGGUGCAGUCUUGUAUACUGACAGCUGGAGAACUGCUUGCUAUUGAGAAUACGAUCUUGGCGACUGAUGUUAGUUCCAAACUCUUCCCAGCGUUGAAGUCAUUAGUUAAUGAUCUCAGUGCUUGCUUGCCAAGCAAGUGUGCAACUGGUCUGUCAGUGUCUGGAAUUGUGUACUUACCACCACAAACUGGAGACUAUUCUCUACCGUACAUCUCUCUCAUUGCUGCCCUACAUCAUCAAUCCAAGAGAGGCCAAGUGAGCAUUGAUCACCACUUUGCACUACUGGAAUGGUGUAAAUGUGCAGUAGCAUGUUUCGUCUGCUAUGACCUGGACAACAUCACAGCAUGCAGGGGCGGAUCCAGGAAUUUUUCAGGGGGGGUUCAAAUUUUUUCGAGUGCACAGAAUUAAAUUCGCUUCAAACUGUUUUCGGUUCGUUCACUACAUGUAUACACCGGGAGUUGCAAAAUCUUUAUUGUCACGGUAGCCCUUGCAUUGCUUGGCCAAUAAGACAAGGGUAAUGCGUUUAGAGCCUUACAAAGUACAAAGCUGCAGCACAGGCAGAAACUAAGGCCGUGACUGCAGCAUUUUCCGAACUGACGGAAGGCGAAGUUCUCUGACUGUCCUCCGGCUGGGACUCCGUGUCGUCACAUUCGCGCCGUACAUGGCGGAACGAAGCCAAGCUCAAUGGCAACUGAUCGGCCGCUCGCCUCUUUGGCAGACGUCGCGACAUGGCAAACUACACGACAAAAACAAACAUUAUCUUCGUACUGCGACGGAGGAAACCUACAGUCCAGCCAACGCGAAAUAAAACAAAACGACAAGGAAGGUAAGGAGGACAAGUGGCAGUUUCUCCACCUUUUGCUCCACCGCGACAUGGCAAACUACACGACAAACACAAACAUUAUCUUCGUACUGCUACGGAGGAAACCUACAGUCCAGCCAGCGCGAAAUAAAACAAAACGACAAGGAAGGAGGCAAAGUGGCAGUUUUCCUCCUUUUGCUCCACCACUUGAAAUGUUACUGUCGAUCGUUUCAAGUCAUAUUAAUUAUUAUGAUACGCGUACAGAGUCUACAGACCCUUCGAUUCGAACGGUACGCGUACAACAGUCCCGACCAUGUACCACUGCAUGCAUGGAGUGACGUAUACCUGCACUGCCUGUACGUGACUACUGCAUGCAUGCAGGAUUGCCAGUGAAGUCUACUGGCUACGCGUAUCGCUGCAUGUACGCUACACUUCGCUGGCUGCGCACGUGGAGAUCACAAAAAAUCGACUGGACCCAUGGUCGAAAUUAUUUUAGGGGGUUCGUCCGAACCCCCUGAACCCCCCCUGUAUCCGCCCCUGGCAUGUCCUCGUUGUGGCAUGGCUUACCUGUGUGGCAAACAUCGUCAAACUGGUGAACACCUAAGUGAACACAACCAACACUGUGCUAUGCUGGCAGCACUCAGACAUCGCAUACUCCAGUAAGUUAGAGUGUUAUCAUCAACUCACAUGACAGAUUUUGAGUGCUGUGUGAUAAACAGGUGUGUUAGUGUUGUAACUCGCUUUUCUCUGCCUGCUCCCAGUCCCGUGCCAUCUCCACACUUAUACAAAGGGACGACGAUAACUACAUUUAGAAGACUGUUUAUUGACACGACGAAGAAACACAACUAGACAUGACGAACUCAAGACGAAGACAUGAUGAACUCUCAAGACGAAGACUGCUUUUCAUACCACAGCAACACGCGCAUGCACCAACAUGACGUACACACGACGUACACACGACGUACACAAAAUAACGUACUACAACAUAACUCCCUCCCAAGAGUAGAAUCGUCCUCGAUUCUAAUAAUAAAACAGAGUAAAAAAGAGGAAAAGAUCACACAAAUCACUCAAUCAUACCACACCAGUCACACCCAUAAAUAAACACCUCUGCCUGCACUGCAGAUUAUUAAAAACUCUGUCCGCCCACCCAGAACACCAGCCACGAUCGCUGUCACAUGUGUGGGAACUGAUAACCUCAAAACUCUAACUAACUUAUGCUUCACUCAACACACCACCUCACGAUCACGCAAAAAUUCUAAAAAUGUGAGAGCACAAAUCAUAGGAAUAACAAAAAGAACAAAAUCCACUGGCUCUGUGGGGGCCUCUAGUUAUCCUCAUAGAAGAGCAAAUCAAAAAACAAACAGAACACACGCGCUGUGCGGGCGCCUCUUUACCCUCGAGGAGAGCAAAUAAUAAAGAACAAAAUGUUGGGAGAACAGAAAAUACAAAACUCACAUACUCCUCACGUUCACAACAACACACGUACCCUCUCACCAACGAAACUCCUCACGCCGUCUGCCAUGUCGUCCACCAUCUCCAGGAGCGCUGCUCAGCGUCCACAUCCUCACACUGCAGCCUUCACCUUCCAUCCUUCUUUUUUUUUUUUCAGUUUUUCUUCUGGGCACAGUUUUACGUCGUGUCCGGGACCAUUCAUCCUUCUUUUUCCUUUCCUUUUCUUCUGGGCACAGUUUUACGUCGUGUCCGGGACCACCAGUGACGACGACUGACAAGAGACGGGAGAGACGAAUGAUGAAGGACGAGGACGACAGACGAACUUCUUGAAGACGGACGAAACUGUGACGAUAGGACGACUGGAGAUGACAUCGGAAACUGGGGGCGAAGGCCACGCAGGACGAAUCCAGAAGUUGAGAUUUACAAAUUUCCAUUACCGCUGCCACCACUGUUGUAACUCGCUUUUCUCUGCCUGCUCCCAGUCCCGUGCCAUCUCCACACUUAUACAAAGGGACGACGAUAACUACAUUUAGAAGACUGUUUAUUGACACGACGAAGAAACACAACUAGACAUGACGAACUCAAGACGAAGACAUGAUGAACUCUCAAGACGAAGACUGCUUUUCAUACCACAGCAACACGCGCAUGCACCAACAUGACGUACACACGACGUACACACGACGUACACAAAAUAACGUACUACAACAUUAGUGCCUUGUUAUCAUGAGAAAAUUACAACUGAGUCUGUGUAA